AUGGGCGAUCUUGAAAGAAUGGGCAGAGAACUCAAAUGCCCAAUCUGUUGGAGUUUGCUAAAUUCUGCUUCUUCACUCACCUGCAAUCAUCUUUUCUGCAACUCUUGUAUAUUUAACUCCCUGAAAUCUGCAUCUUCUUGUCCUGUAUGUAAAGUACCCUUCACUCGUAGAGAGGUUCGCGCUGCUCCUCACAUCGACAAUUUAGUUGCGAUCUACAGAAACAUGGAAGCUGCUUCUGGGACUAAUUUUUUCACUCAAAAUACGUCUGAUACCAAAUCACCAGAUGAUGAAAAACAACAUGAAGGUAAUGCUGAGUCCAGUGAUAGGGGAUCCGAUGGAAUUCAAGAAAAUCAUGGCGACGAGGAAAAUACCCCUUUGAGAAAGAAGUCUAAGAAGAAGCUUAAGGCUGGCAAGAAAAGUCCGGCUGCUAGCCGUGCGAAACCUUCUUUUCCUGCUAAGAAAAGGGUUCAAGUGCCACAAGAUAUUCUUUCAGAAACCCCACUUAAGGAUUUGAAGUCAAGAGGGUCUCUAAGUAGAGUUAACAAAGAGGGAACACAAAAGGCUUUAACCAAGGGAAAAGAAAUGGAAAAUCAAAGUAAAAAAGGUGAUCAUGUGAAAGAACCAUUCUUUUGGUUAAGAGAUGAGCAAGAAGGUGAGAUGUUAAGUGGACGCACUGAUGAAGAUCAAAUUAUUGAGGGUUCAACGCCAGUUCCUCCUUCAUUCAGUGAUCUUAAAGAUGCCGAUGAUGAAAGCCCUACAAAACAAGCUCCAUCAGAUGAGGUGCAAAACAUACCAUCUGUUAAUUUAUUUGACAGUGAGAUGUUUGAAUGGACGCAAAAGCCAUGCUCCCCUGAAUUAUUUUCAAGUCCCACCAAAAUGCAGGUUGAGGAUGCUGUUGAGAUUGAUGAAAUUGAUGAGGAGUUAGUGGAAGCAUCUCAAGUGCAUCAGUCAAGUGCUGAUGCUUACAGUACACAAUUUGCAAAUCCAAAUGGUAAUCAAUUGGCUAAUACAUUACCCCUGGGUAUGUCCUCUCAAAAUAGAAGUUCUGAUGAUCUAAAUGGAAAAAAGAAGUCUACAAAAAGAAGCAGGAAGGCUAGGGAAAAAUACAGGCGAGAUCAUAUUAGAGAACUAAAUUGCCGAAAUGAUGUUAUGAAUAUGGAUUCAAAUAUAACAUCCAAAGCCAUUGAGGAGCAAUCAUUAGGCCACAAAAGCAAAGCUUCUAUCCUGAAAAAGUCUAGUGGAAGGGCCAAGAAAGUAUGUUUUGUCACUAGUGCAAACUUAACAUCUCAAAAUGCUUGCACAGUCUCCAAUAUAUUAGGAGCUCAAAACAAUGAUGAAAGGAAGAUGAAUAAGAAUUCAUAUGGUUCAUCAUCUAAACAAGAUAAUGAGAUGUUAUGCCCUAAGAUUGCUGGAAAAAGUCAGGUGAAAAGAUCUGGAAAGGAAAGGCUAGAUGUUGUGCAUGACCAACCUGAAGAUUUAACCUCAGUGCAAAACCAAUGCAAAGAGCUUGCUGGAUCUGCUUCAUCCAGUUUAAGUCCAUUGAUGGGUAAUAAUAGAAACACUAACAAUACCAAGAAAAGAAAAAACAGUUUGUCCAAAACAUCUAUGCCUUGCAGUACAGAAAGGAAGAGUACUAAAAAGUCAAAACCUUCCCCUGAACUUAUCUCUAGGACUAAAGAUGUUAAAGAAACUAAGCCAAAUGAAUGUACUAAGAAAGUUACUGAUGUCAGGGCACUGAAUGAUUCUUUGAAAGAGAAACAAUGUCAUUUGACAGAUCAGCCAGUCUUGAUGAAAUGCGCGAGUCAUGCCAAAAAGUAUCAGUGUGCUUUCUGUCUCUUGUCAGAAGAAUCAGAGGCUUCUGGCACCAUUGUGCACUAUUUUGAUGGCAAGCCUGUAACUGCUGAUUAUGAAGGAGGAUCUAAAGUCAUACAUUGUCACAGGAAUUGCACAGAAUGGGCCCCAAAUGUAUAUUUUGAAGGUGAUAAUGCAAUAAAUCUUGAAGCUGAAAUAAGUAGAAGUCGGCGAAUCAAAUGCAGUUUUUGUGGACUUAAAGGAGCUGCACUUGGUUGCUAUGAGAAGAGUUGUCGCAGGAGCUUUCAUGUUACUUGUGCCAAAUGGACUCUUGAAUGUCGUUGGGAUAUGGAAAAUUUUGUCAUGUUAUGUCCUCUACACGCUACCUCCAAGUUACCAUAUGAAAGUUCAGGAUCUCAUCACAGGAGCAAGACACUUGCAGCUACCAAAGCUAAAAGCUGUAGCCUCAAACAUGACACUGCAAGCCAGAGUCGAAUUGCUCAUGGAUCUCACAAGAAAAUUGUUCUGUGUUGUUCUGCUCUAUCUUUACAGGAGAGGGAUGUUGUUUCUGAAUUUGAAAAAGUGUCCAAGGUUACAGUUUCAAAAACUUGGGAUUCUAGUGUUACCCAUGUAAUAGCAUCAACAGAUGAAAAUGGUGCAUGCAGAAGGACUCUCAAAGUAUUGUUGGGUAUUCUAGAGGGAAAGUGGAUUCUCAGCAUUGAGUGGAUCAAAGCUUGCAUAAAAGAAGCUGGACCUGUUGAUGAGGACUGUUAUGAAGUUAAUGUUGACAUCCAUGGAAUUAAGGAUGGUCCCCGUCUAGGCCGACUAAGAGUAUUGAACAAGCAACCUAAGCUUUUCGAUGGCUACAAUUUCUAUUUCAUUGGAGAUUUCAUCCCAUCAUACAAGGGCUAUCUGCAAGAUCUUGUGAUUGCUGCAGGAGGGAUAAAUCUGCAUAGAAAACCUGUAUCAGGUGACCAAAAUGCAAUGCCACAUCAUAUGCGUCCGCACCAAACCCUCAUAAUCUACAAUCUUGAGCUUCCUGCUAAUUGCAAUCCUUUGGAAAAGGAUGCAAUUUUCAGCCAUAGGCGACAUGAUGCAGAGGUUUUGGCAAGAUCUACCGGUUCAAUGGUUGCAAGUAACACAUGGAUUCUGAACUCCAUUGCUGGCUGCAAGCUGCAAAGUGUUGCUUAA